AUGGUUGCUUAUCGGAGCGCUGGCCCCGGCUCUCUCUCGCGCGUUCGGGUCAAUCUUUCUUCAUUUCCGCGGGUGUCCGCUUCAGCCCGCUCCUUUUCGACCGAAUCCCGCCCGAUCUUUCAGCAUGGCCGUCCCGGGUUAGUGGGACACGGAUUGUCUAGCAGCUCCAGGCUGUCCCUGUUAUACGGAUGUACGAGGACAUCGUCGGCAUCAUUCUCGACCUCCCCAUUACUAGCGGAUAAGGAUUGGGAUCACAACCCGAACCUGUCGAUCAGCAACUUCUCCGAGCUUCCGUCCAAGGAUUUUGGCGUGAACCAGCACAUGAUAAUCAACCAAGAAUUCAAGGAAGCUCUGCGGCAGAUUCUCUGGCAAUUCCGAGCACCAAUUCGCUAUGCUUUUGCUUAUGGAUCCGGGGUCUUCCCACAAUCCGGCAGUGCGAGUCCAUCGACCCCCACACACCCGUCCGCCCCGGUAGCUAUCCAGCAGAUGCAACAAGGGUCUGGGAAAAUGAUUGAUUUUAUCUUUGGGGUCUCUUAUUCCCAGCAUUGGCACUCUUUGAACCUGGGCCAACACCGUGACCACUACUCCGGCUUGGGCUCGCUCGGCUCGUACGUGGUGUCGCAAGUGCAGGACCGCUUUGGGGCGGGGGUAUAUUUCAACACCCAUAUCACGGUCAACGGGACCUUGAUCAAAUAUGGCGUGGUGAAUCUGGACACGUUGUGUCGCGAUCUCACUCAGUGGAAUACCCUGUACCUUGCCGGUCGUCUGCACAAGCCGGUCAAGAUCCUGCGGGACCACCCCAAGGUUCGGUUAGCCAACCAGAUGAAUCUCCUGUCUGCUCUGCGAGUGGCACUGCUGCUGCUCCCAGAGCGGUUCAGCGAGUUCGAGCUCUACAGCACCAUUGCCGGGAUCAGCUACAGGGGAGACCUGCGCAUGGUCCUCCCGGCCGAAGAUCCCAGUAAGGUGCGCAAUAUCGUGUCUGGUCAGAUGGCGCACUUCCGGCGACUGUACGCGCCACUAAUCACCAACCUCCCCAACGUCAACUUCCAGGACCCCCGCUGCAGCCAGAACGACUGGAUCGAUGAUCCCGACGCCAUCCUGGCCAUGGCCCAGGACAUGGACCCGGUCAGGCGCGGCAACAUGGUCCGGCGUCUCCCUGAGUCGUUCCGCGAGAAACUAUACUUCCAGUACCAGGGGCGCUAUGCAAUCCCGCGGGUGGAGUUCAACAAGAUGAUGGAGGAGAGCACCGACACCGAGCAAGAGGUCCGGCGGCCGCAGGGAGGCCCCUUUGAACAGCGCAUUGCCAGCGACAGCAAGCUCCCGGAGGAGCUCUCGACGACCAUCAUGAAGACGAUCCGGUGGCCCAGCACGGUGCAGACCAUCAAGGGGCCGUUGACGGCGGGUAUUGGCAAGAGCUGGACCUAUAUCAAGGAGAAGCGGGAGAAACACAAGAAGGCGCGCAGCAAUGCCGCGGCAGCCAGCGAGCCGGAGAAGAAGGAGAAGAAGGAAUGA